UGAUCACCUGCGAUAUUUACACGAGCACGAGACAGAAAAUAUUCCUCGACGUCUUUCGACCGAUCGCGCAGGUUUUAAAUGAGGAUUUCUGUUGCGCUCGCGGCUUUCCUGCUCUUCUCCUGUCAUGUGUGUGCAAUUCCUCCAGAAUGUGAUCCAGAUUUUGUUCUGUUCAGAGAGGAGGAAAACUGCUACAAUAUCAUCCAUCAAGAGAACAUGACAGAUAUCGGGUCCACACACACAGGUUGCAAUACAUUAUGGGAUCAUCUGAACUGUUGGCCUCGUGCAGAGGUGGGAGAGUCUGUGUCCCGGCCAUGUCCCAAAUUCCUUAGGGUCAAAGGAGUUGUAUGGAGAAACUGCUCGGAGAGCGGCUGGUCAGAAACGUUUCCACCGUAUGAAGUGUCCUGUGGUCACGCGCUCAACGACAGCCUUCAUUCUCCCAAUGACUCGGUGCUGGUCUCACACGAGUAUUUCUUUUAUGUGAGGAUCAUGUAUUCUGUCGGGUACACCGUCUCUCUUGUGUCGCUCAGCAUUGCUCUCGCCGUGCUGUGUGUGUUCAGGAAGCUGCACUGUACUCGUAAUUUCAUUCAUAUGCAACUUUUCACGUCCUUCAUCCUACGAGCCAUCUUCAUCUUUAUCCGAGAUGCUGCGCUGCACUCCUCACAGGAGUAUUAUCACUGCAACUUCCAUCCGCCUGGGUGUAAAGUAGCUCUGUUCCUGUCCAAUUACUGCAUCCUGGCCAACUACAGCUGGCUGCUGGUGGAAGGACAUUAUCUUCACAGUCUCAUUAACCUCUCUCUACAUUCACACACCAAACGCCUUCACUGCUACACACUGCUCGGCUGGGGGAUCCCAAUGCUGAUCAUUAUUAGCUGGAGUUUGGCCAAAUACCUGCAUCAGGAUGAAGGGUGCUGGGAGACAAGAGAUCAUGGAUGGAUAUGGUGGAUUCUUCGAGUUCCAGUCAUCAUUUUUAUUACAGUAAACAUGCUGUUUUUCAUGAGUAUUAUUCGGACAUUAGUGGGGAAGCUGAAAGCUGCAGACAUGCAUGGAAAUGAGUUGAAUCAUCACAGGAAGCUGGCGAAAUCUACAUUCCUGCUGGUGUCUCUAUUUGGACUGCAGUAUGUCCUCUUCGCCUUUUUCCCUGAUAGAGUCAAUGUCCUAACUUUUAAAAUCUGGAACGUUAUCGAGCUUGCGUUAGCAUCCACACAGGGCUUUAUUGUGGCGCUGCUCUACUGUUUUUUAAAUGGGGAGGUACAGUAUGAAGUUCAAAGACGAUGGAGGCGGUGGCGGAUGAAGCAGCAUCUCCACGGUGAUCCCAGAGUGCAUCACAACUCCUUGAGUCACAGCGGCCUGCCACUGACACAGGUGUCCUUGCUCACACGUCCAAACACAAACACAACCUAGACACAACCCAACAACAACCAACACACACCCUAACACUCCACAACUAAUAUGACAAACCAACAGCAAGCAUAAGCAGAGAUGUACAAGACAAAUAAACCAGAGAAAAUAUUUAGAUAUGCAAGAAACUGUUAAGUUGUUCAUUUUAAAAACAUUUGUUUGAGAAAGCUUAACCUGCUCCAGACCAAUAAUAAGACUUGAAACUAACUGAGGCUAUGGCUAUAUUGCCAUGUUUUGCUCUCAGUGUUAUUUAGGGUUUGUAAUUCUGUCAUCGCACAUGGCUGUGCUGUUUCAUGUCAUCUCGCUGCUGAUGUUAUAGAUUUAUAUUUAGCACUGUUGUUGUAAGCUGGGGCCUCAUUUAUAAAACCUGCGUACGCACAGAUUUGAUUUGGCUUUUGGAAAUAUUAGACCAUCUUUCCGCUCACAAAGGAUUUGGACGCUGACAGAUGCUCUUCAUUGUAUUAAUGACAUUAAUUAGACAUCAUUAAAAGGCGGAGAUCUGAAACUGUUCGCGCAAUUUCACAAUCAUUUGUCAUGUAUAGAUUUCAGAUCUGAAAUGUUUUCAGAUUUGAUGUUUUCCGUGAGUACGUUCGUUCUUAUGAAUCUCACUUUGAGAAAUGAUCGUAAAAACACUUUAUUAAUGAGGCUCCUGGUGUUUGUCGCUCUUAAG